AUGAUUGCCGCUUGGCUUUUUUCAUAUUACGGCACCGUCACUGCACAAGAUGGCUCCGGUGGCUAUGAGUACGGGUACAGCUAUGACUAUGACUGUACAAGCUGGCAGGAAGCAAGAGGCGAAUGUCUCUCCGAACCUUCUACGACUUGCAAUGACUCGACGACACUAGGCGACUUCCACGUUUGCAAUGAUGAUGGCACGGAGACAGGAAGCGAAGUUACUUUUGAUGUAUCGGCUGACUCGUGGGCUUAUCGUUGCCACGAUUCAACCAACUUCGCUGGAAGGGUUGUGGCCAUCGUGGAAGAAGCCUACGCCGACUAUCCAGAAAGUUCAGCGCCUGCCGAUGGUGGAUGGAUCGGCAUUUCUGGCCCCAAUGCUUCGGCUGCGUUACACCCUGAUUGGCCUUUCAACAAUCCAGGCGCAACAACAGCCUAUUGGAAGUAUUCACUGGCUGCGGUUCUCGGUGUUGAUCAAACAUCUAUCAGUGGCCAAAGAACAAGAACUGAUUUAGGCAAUGGCUACAUCAAGUUUCAGUGUGAUUUUGAAGUGGCUGGUGAAGCUCGUGAUGCCUUCAGCUUCUCGGCGAAUGAACACAGCACCCAACCUAUAGGCGAAGACCCAGUUGAAUGUGAUGGUGGGGCCUACCUUCCUUAUUGCAAUUACACAAGGCUCUACCUUGGCCAGACAGAUUCGAUUGUUGAUUGGAUCUACGAUUCUAAGUUGACCUUUGGAGGCAUCACGAUUCCUCAGGGCGCAAUAAUUAACAAGGCAUUGAUCGAGAUCGAAAAUCUCUAUCAAGGUGGCCCUGCUGGUGACAUUCAGACUUUCAUUGAUUCUGCUUGUACUUCUAUCGCUUCGGCUCCAUCCGAUUCAACAUGCAGUAGCGAUCAAACAUGGUGGGAUUCUGAGCGUGGACAAUGGGCUGUUCCGUGGAAGAUUACCAAGCUUGAUUCAACUUCUUCGCCAACAACAAUCACGUCGCCAAACAUUGCUUGUAUGGUUCAAGAUUUCAUCGACCAAGAGAACUGGGAGUCGGGCCGUGCAGUCGAGUUAUUCCUAAACUACGGCGAUGAGGCUGGCACGGAUGGAACGACGAUCGAAUCUUAUACGUCGUUCACCGAGGAAUCAGCGGCACUUCGGGUAUGGUACACAUACGUCGCCACUUAUACACCUUCAGGAGGCGCAAAGGGCGGUGGCGGAAAUAUCCAGCCUAUCAUCAGAUCGACUUACACGCCUUCGGGAGGCGGCAAGGGCGGCGGAUCGGUCCAACCUCAUAUCGUCAAAACGCACGUAACCUCUGGCGGUGCAAAAGGCGGCGGCUCUGCUGGUGCGGUUCUGCUUGGCAAUCCCUGGCCAAAUGGAUUCCUAUAUCGUCGUGAGAUGACGAUUCCUGAUGGUGCCGUUACCGAAGAUCUGAAUAAGUUCUGGGUGCCCGUACAUGGAUCGAUUGAGCCAUCGCACUCCAACGGAAGUUUCCAGGUAACCGACACAAACGGCAAUGUACUUUCCCACGAG